CCUCUUGCGGGACUUAUAUAGGAUUCGGGGUGUGCACGUGAUUCCCCAGCGAGGGCGGACGCAGGGCGCUCUCCAACAAGCAGGGCCGACCCCAAGUCCCCCGAGAGCCCCUCUGGCAGGGUCCUUAGGACUGGGAGCCUGGAAGGAGCUGACUUGCCUGGUGGUGGCGCGCAGCCGCGGGCCCGGGAGCCGGGGGCCCCGCGAUGACCGCGGGACGCAGCCACAGGGAGCCGCGGCGAGGAUACCCGGGCGCCCCUCCCUAGCGGGGCGCAGCCUCCUCCUAAGUCCGCCGCCCGACCGGCGGGAUGGGGGGCGGAGGGUCUGCCCUGAGGGUCUGCGCGGACCACCGCGGGGGCAUCAACUGGCUCAGUCUGAGCCCCGACGGGCAGCGCCUGCUGACGGGCAGCGAGGACGGCACGGCCCGACUCUGGAGCACCGCGGACGGCCAGUGCUGCGCCCUCCUGCAAGGGCACGAAAGCUAUGUGACCUUCUGCCAGCUGGAGGACGAAGCCGCCUUCACGUGCAGUGCUGACUGCACCAUCAGGAAGUGGGACGUGCUGACCGGGCAGUGUCUGCAGGUGUUCCGGGGACACACGUCCAUUGUGAACAGGAUCCUGGUCGCCAACAACCAGCUCUUCAGCAGCUCCUACGACCGGACAGCUCGAGCCUGGAGUGUGGACAAGGGGCAGGUGGCCCGGGAGUUCCGGGGCCACCGCAACUGUGUGCUGACUCUAGCCUACUCUGCCCCCCAGGACCUCCCUGGGGCUCCGUGCACGGAGGAGGCCGUGGCCAGGGGGCUCCUGGUGACGGGCAGCACGGAUGGCACGGCCAAGGUCUGGCAGGUGGCCAGUGGCUGCUGCCACCAGACACUGCGGGGCCACACAGGUGCCGUGCUCUGCCUGGUGCUGGCCACACCUGGCCGCACGGCCUUCACUGGAAGCACAGAUGCCACCGUCCGAGCCUGGGACAUCCUGAGUGGGCAGCAGCUGCGUGUGUUCCAGGAGCACCAGGGCUCCGUCAUCUGUCUGGAGCUGGUGAACCGGCACGUGUACUCGGGCAGCGCCGACAGGACGGUCAAGUGCUGGCUGGCAGACACGGGCGAGCGUGUGCGCACGUUCGCGGCCCACAGACACAGCGUGAGCGCCCUCAAGUACCACGCGGGCACCUUGUUCACGGGGAGCGGGGACGCCCGCGCGCGCGCCUUCGACGCCCAGUCUGGAGCGCUGCGGAGGGUAUUCCGCGGCCACGCCUUCAUCAUCAACUGCAUCCAGGUGCACGGCCAGGUGCUCUACACGGCCUCGCACGACGGCGCGCUGCGCCUCUGGGACGUGCGCGGCCUCCCGCGCGCCCCGCCGCUGCGUCCCGCCGCCCCCAAGCGCAGCCUCUCGCGCCUCUUCAGCAACAAAGUGGGCUGCGCCGCCGCCGCUCCCCUGCAGCCGGCCUGAGACGCCCCGACCGGCCGCCCACGGACCCGCGGAGGGAACGCGGCUGUCGGCACCGGGGGCUCCGAGGGCAAGGACCGGGGCGGCGGUGGUGCCUGUCCUCCGCGUCCGUUGACUUC